CAAAUAGCGUUCCUCACUAACUCGCACGCUCUCUCCGGCUCCAUCACCACCACUCAGCACCACCGACCCAGAAGAAGACGCGUCUCUCUCUUUCCUCCAACAUUUCUUGCCAACAGCCGUUGUGUUCCUUCCCGCAAACAUCUUCUCCAGUCUUCAGAAGUGACGAGUGCCCGAGACGAGACAAAAAGUGGUGCAGAGAGAGACACGAGACGACAAGAAGACGUCCCCGUGCGAUAAGCUGAUCGCCGCAUUCAUUUGAUCCUCUAGAGAUCGUUUAGUGAGAUAAGAAGGAGAAGAUGUCGGCCGAGGUGGUAGAGAAGAAGCCCGUGGUGGGGGAGGAGAUCAAGAAGGAGGCUGAGGGGGACGAGGCCAAGAAAGUAGAGUCGCCGGAGAAGAAGAAAGAUGAGAAGGAGGAGAAGGAAGGCAAGGACGAGAAGAAGGAGGUGGCCCCACCACCACCACCCCCACCGCGCGUCCACAAGGCAGACUUUGAGAAGGACGUCGUCUACUUGUACCAAUUCUGUAGAACCCCCGUCCUCCCAUCACUCAGCCCCUACUCUCUCAAGGUGGAAAGUUUCCUCCGCCUCUACGACAUCAAGUAUGAGAAUGUUGACCACAAACUCAGAUACAAGUCAGCUAAGGGGCAGCUUCCAUUUGUGGAGUUAAAUGGAGAAGAGAUAGCUGACUCGGCAGUCAUUGUUCAAAAACUCAGCCAGCACUUUGGCGUGGAUCCGGAUGGAAAUCUUCGGACGGACGAGAAGAAUGUGUCUCAUGCGCUCAUAUCUAUGAUUGAGAAUCAUUUGUGUUGGGUGUAUGUAUACUGGCGUUCAAAAAAUCCUGAUGCUAUGAUUAAGGGUUGCAAACUAAGCCUUCAGCAUGCUCUCGGAUCAAGAAUUCCAAACGGUGUGCUAAAUAUUGUAUUUAAACUCACGUACUCGAGGAAGGGCGUCAAGAAGGUUAAGGCUCACGGUCUUGGUGUACACUCACCAGAAGAAAUUUUGGAAUUAGGAAAGCAAGAUCUGAAGGUUUUGGAAGAUACAUUGGGCAACAAGGAUUUCUUUUUUGGAGACAAGCCCUCCAACUUGGAUAUUGUAACGUUCUCAAACCUCAGUCAAAUUGCAUAUGUGGACAAGUGCGUGGAAUACGAUUUGCGGGACUGGAUGCUGGAGAACUGCCCCAAUCUUAAUGGAUUUUUGGCUCGUAUGAAGGAACGUUGUUUCCCAGACUGGGACACAAUUUGUACCUCUCUGAAGAUGAACACCCACUUGCCAGAACCGGAGCCAGAGGAGAAAAAGGACGAAGAGAAGGAGCCAGCCAAGGAGAAGGAGGGCGAGAAAGGGGAUGAAAUCAAAGCUGAGGGCGAGAAAAAGGAAGAAGUCAAAGCAGCAGAGGAAGCAAAGUAAAUCCUUCUUCUUCUCCUCCCCCUUCCCCCUCCAAAAAUUAUCCUUCUCUCGGCAGAACUCGUCCCAUUCAUCUUUACUAACAACAACAUUGAUUUUAAAAAAUGUAAUUGUCUGUGUCGUCUGCUGCCGAUAUGCAAAUGUGGCACUCAACCUGUGUGUGUAUGUAUGUAUGUAUAUGCGCGCGUGUAGCUCAUUAAAAGCGUAUGAAACUGUAAAAAUUCUCAAAUGCCUGAAAAAGAAUGCACAGACUACUCCAGCUAUUUAUAAAUUAUGAUAUUGUUUGCUCAUGUAAUUUCAACAGACUUUCAAAAAGGUACAGAUAUAAGCUAAACUGUUUUAGAGUAACAGAGUGCUGCUGUAAAUGUAUGUGAAAAAUAUAAGUUUCGAUAAUGUGUCAGGCAGUCACAGAUUGUAUUUUAGUUACACUGACAUGCGUACAACAGUUACAAAGCUAUUUUGUUACAUAAUCCUAUUUAUUGUUAUUAUUAAUCUUAUUUGCUAAGAUGUAUUUUCUUAUGUUGGCGUAUUUUUAUACAAAAUACGACGAAAAAGUUGUUUCCUGCCGGACCAAUGACAUUCAUUCUUAAUGUUGUGAAAACCAUCAUUUUAUCAUUUUUUUUUAAAUCUACGGCUAGCUGCUGACCUACUAAAGGGCUUAGCUUUUCUACAUCUAUAUAGCUUUUGCAAAGCUUUUGUAAUUUUAUACUACUAUAUUUGUGUACUUCAAAUCAAAAAUUGUUACUCGUCACCAUCAUCAUCAUGAUCCAACAGCAUCGCUUAAAUACCGAUUCCUCUCGAACAAGGAGAUAAUUUUAUUUUAAUCACAUAUAAUGAUUUUAAAGCCUACCAAGUAGAUACAAUUUUUAUAUUCAGUUCUUAUUUUAAUAAAUAUGAUGAUCUAUCUGUAUUAUUAUAUAGUUCUUGUGCAGUGCAAUGAUAUCGUUUCCUCAAAUAUUCCAAACUUGAAGCUUCCCAUAAAUAAAUAAGUGUUACAUAAAUGUUAUUUCACUUUUGGAUGAUGACGAUGCGCAGAAAAUAUUGCUUGUUUAACUGUUCCAUUUUAAGUAUUUCCCGUUAUUUCAUCAAGUAUUUAAUUGUAAGAAUGAGAAAUGAAAUGAUUAAAGCUUGUACAAAAAACAAACACAA